GCGCGGGCCAUGGCCACGGUCAAGGCCUCCGUGCCUGCCUGCGGCUUCGGCGUGGGCGCCACGAAGAAGGGCGAGCUGCCGCUGAGGGUGGAGAAGCGUGCCAGGGGCAAGAAGGUGACCGUCAUCCCCAACGUGACCGGGGACGCCUCCAAGCUGGCGCGGGCCCUGCAGACGAUGCUCGGGGUCGGCGGGACGGUCCGGCAGGUGGAGGGGGGCGCCUGGGCGGUGGAGGUGCAGGGGGAGCAGGUGGGGCGGGUGACGCGCGCGCUGCUCGACUUCAGGUGCCUCCAGGGGCUGACCAAGGUGGCGCUGGAGCGGCUGCAGGAGAGCAUCGAGACCGGCAGCAGGGACGCGGACAGCUCCGUGGUUGCCAGGAGCGUCGCCACAAAGUUUCUGGCGCGGACUCAAGAGGGCAAGGCGUCGACCAAGGAGGACAGGCAGAAGGCCCUGGCGAUGGAGGCGGAGUUUUAUGGCCACUAUUGGGACACGGCGGUCGCGUCGUCGGUGGACGAUUUCUCCGACGUGUGGGAAGAGACCCUUGCUGCAGACGGCGCGCCUGGAACGGAGGUCAAGGCGGUGCCCGUGCAGAGCGAAGUCGAGCUCACUUUCGCGCUGAAGGCGCUGGGAAUGUUCCCGGAGACCGGCCGCGCCGUGAAAGAGUUCUGGGAGAAGAACACCGGCAUGACCGUGGCUCAGUUCAGGAAGAUGGCGCUGAACCCCGGCGCUCGCUUCACGGGCGAGGGUCCAGCCCAGAAGGAGGUACCAUCCAACCUCGUUUCGCGGCAGAAGGUGUCGGAUCGGAAGGCGGGGGGCGGCAGGACCAACUAUUUCUCUUACACGUGCUCCGUCAUCGACGCCUACCAGCGCGGCAUCGCGGUGAGUAAGGACACGGAGUCCGAGCCAGCACCCGCUGAGGCCGAGGAGCCCAAGAUGGGCAUCAGCAGCGACGAAGAAGGCUGGUGCACUGCGACCAUGCAUUACGUGCUGCCGUUCCAGCCGCCCAGCACCAGGCUCGAUGCGGAGGAGUGCGCCAGGGUGUCCAGCGGCGCCCUGAGCAAGAUAGAGAAACAUAUCAGGGAGGACCUUGACAGGAUUUCGGGGAGUCUCCCUGGCGUUGAGUGCUGCCUGGACAGCAGCUCGUUCCGUCUGGACCUAAAGCUUCACGAGCGCGAGUUUUUGCACGCAGGGAAGCGGGACACUGGGGGUAAGCCCCUGGACAACAACGCAAAAGAGGAGCUCAGACUCGAGAAGAAGCUCAGGGAGAUCGCUGCGCUCAAGCGGCGCCAGGUCGAGGGCGAGACCCUGGAGAAGCUCCAGGUCGAGAAGGUCCUGAAGAGGGGUGAGCUCUUCGAGCAGGUCGCCGAGCUCAAGCUCCGGCGGGCCGAGAAGGAGCUCCGCCGCCUCUUCAAGAGCCACUCCAAGCGCUUCCAGGAGGCCUUCUGGGACUGCGAGCACCAGGCCCUCUUCGGGGGCGGCUCGGCGGCGUCCGCCGCCUCCUCCUCCGCCGCCAUGUCCUUCGGGACGUUCGACGAGGGGCAGCGAGAGGGCCCGGUGACGCUGAGCUCCGACGGGACGCGCGCCGAGGGUGCCGCCUCCCGGUGGGCCGGGGUUGGGCUGCACUUGCUGGUGCGCGGCGGCGAAGUCGGCGCCUUUGCGGUGGAGGUGCUGGAGGGCCUCGUGCGGCUCGGGUGGGCUGCUCAGGGCGCGGGCCUGAGCGACCUCGGCGCCGACGAUAGGAGCUUCGGCUUCGGCGGGUCUGGCGAGAAGGUGCACCGUGGGGUCUUCGAGCCGUACGGGCGGCGGUUUACCGCGGGGGACGUCAUCCACUGCGAGGUGGAGCGCGAGGCCAGCAUCGUGCGCCUCGGUUUCGCCCUGAACAGCGAGCCGCUGGGCAUUGCGUACGAGGCCCCGGACGAGCUUGGUGACGACGCGCUGGCUGGAGCGGUGUGCGGCCAGGGCUUCAAGGUCAGGCUGCUCUCCGCUGAGUGCAUGCCUCUGGAGGACGCCCCGGGCCUCGUCGGCUUCGUGGAGUACGACCCGCCGCGGAUGGCCCAGGCGGUCGUGGACUUCCGCGGCCGCGAGGACGAGUGCCUGCAGAUGUGGGCGGGCGAGACCGUGAACGUCUCGGCGGACGAUGGCAGGGGUUGGCUCUUCGGCUUCUUCCUCGACGCGGAGGACCCCGACGAUGGGGGCUGGUUCCCGGCCGAGGGCGUGCGGUUCCUGGACGUGGACCCGGCCGCGGCCGCCUUGGAGGAGGCCGAGGAGGAUGCGGCGUGGGGGGCGGCGCCGGCGGCGGACGCGUGGGGGCCGCCGCCCGCCGCCCCCGCGGAGCCCGAGGCGUGGGGCGCGGCGCCCGCGGCUGCGGAGGACGAGGGCGUGGAGUGGGGGUGCGGCGAGGAGAUCCCGGGGCUCGCGGAAUGGCUGCGGGGCCUGGCGCUGCAGAAGUACGAGGCCCAGGCGACCGCCUGGUGCCGCGAGAUGGGUGCCGUGUCCACCCGGGAGGUGGAGGAGAACUGGGAGGAGUUCGCGGGCGCCCUGGGGCUGCGCCCUCUCGAGCGCACGCGCCUCAGGAAGAGAGCCACUGCUGGUGCCGCUUAG